AUGGACCAGCCAGAGUACCUCACUUACAGCAAUGGGCAGCUCUCAACUCAGCCCCUGUGCAGCGGUUUCUACGUGAACUGGACGUUAUGUUUAUACCACGUACAGCGUAUUCUAACCAUCCUGAUGCCUUUUUAUGAUGAUUUGAGAGUUAACCCCAGUAUGAACCUGACUCUAAAUGCAUCAGCAAAAUGGUUAAUAGAGGCAUCUCAAGGUAUCGAAAAUCCAAACAACCUGCUAGAAAAGUUCUCUUUGAACAGAAAAGUCGAUGAUCAAACCAGUGCGCUUCUCCUUACAUUUUAUGGCAUACUGGUAAUUAUAGGCGCUGUUGGGAAUGCUCUUGUUGUUAUAUCUGUUGUAAGAAAGCCGGUUAUGCGGACAGCAAGGAAUAUGUUUAUUGUGAACUUAGCUGUAUCCGAUGCUUUAGUAUGCUGCGUUGGUACUCCUCUCACAAUGAUGGAACUUCUGACCAAGCAUUGGCCCUUACCAGAUUGGCCCAGUUUGUGCAAAGCUUGUGGCGCUAUCCAGGCCAUAUCGAUUUUCGUUUCCACAAUUUCAAUUACCGCCAUUGCCCUGGAUAGGUAUCAGUUAAUCGUGUACCCAACGCGGCCUGGAUUGCAGACAAUGGGCGCACUUGUUACGAUGUUCUUCAUCUGGGUCACGGCAUUUUGCCUCGCCUCGCCUCUCUACAUCUUCCGGAGUCUCAAAACUCAUAACAUAGGACUGAAGGAUAUGGAUUCUCUGAGUUUCUGCAUCGAAGACUGGCCCAUGGCCAAUGGGCGGGGGAUAUACUCUCUGUUUAGUCUUAUAUUACAGUAUCUGCUUCCAGUCUUGGUCGUUGUUAUGGCGCACGUUCAAAUCCAUAGGAGGUUGCGCGGUCGGCGGCGGACGACUAGAAAGACGCCGGCAAUUCUCAUAGCCAUCGCCGUCACCUACGUCAUCAGCUGGCUGCCCCUAAACGUUUUCAACUUGGCGGCAGACUUCAGCACGGAGCCAAUUCUUGAGGAGAAAUCCAUGACGAUAACUUACGCGGUCUGCCACAUGUUCGGAAUGUCCAGCGCCGUCUCGAAUCCCCUGCUCUACGGCUGGCUGAACGAUAACUUCCGCAAGGAGUUCGAGGAGAUAUUGUGCUGCUGCAAGAAGCGACAGAUCACAAAAGAUACCCGCAUCAUAAAUCGGAAGAUGGACACCGAGCUGACGGCAUUAGCUCAAAUUGAGCACACGGUCACUGCCAACACGAAGACCUCCCAGUGCUCUCAAAUUUUC